AUGGAUCCCCUUUUGGCUCAAGGAGUAGCUUUGAUUACUGGCAGUGGAUCAGGCAUCGGGCAACAGAUUGCAGUCAAGCUUGCAAGCAAUGGUUGCAAAAAGCUAUUCCUUGCGGAUAUUUCAACUGCAGGUUUUGACGCGACAACAACAGCUGUCAAAGAGGUUGCUAGCGACGCCGAAGUCGCUACUUUUGUGUCCGAUAUAUCUGAUGAACAGUCAGUGAUAGCCAUGAUUGACGAAUGCGUCCACCAAUUUGGACGAAUCGACUUUGCCUGUAACAACGCAGGUAUGAUUACAGGAGCUGCACUCACGCAUGAGAUGGCAAUCGACGCGUUUGAGCGUUUGAUCAACGUAAACACAAUAGGAACUCUUUUAUGCCAAAAGUACGAGGUCAAGGUGAUGCUCCAGCAGGAGCCACUAUCUGUGUCGGGGGUGAAACAUGCUCCUCGGGGAUCAAUUGUCAACACAGCUUCUAUGGCUGGUCUGUCUACGAUGCCUGGUAUCGCAGCCUACACUGCCACCAAGCACGGCGUCAUUAGCAUGACGCGGGUUGAUGCUCGUCAAUAUGCUGAACAAGGGGUCAGAAUAAAUAGUAUCUGUCCAGGCUUUGUGGAUACGCCCAUGCUGAGAGGCGAGAUGCCGGAUGAAUGGGUGAAGGCGUCAGCACGCAAUGCACCCAUGAAUAGACUCGUCGAUCCUGCUGAGGUGGCCAAUGGCGUCGUCUUUCUCUCUGGAAGUCUUGCGACUGCCGUGACUGGCGUUAGUUUGCCUGUGGAUGGGGGCGCGCUCCUGUACCAUAUUGUCUAG